AUGACGAUUAGCUUGAUCUCGGCAACGGAAGGCUUCAUCGAUAAACUGUCAACAGAGGGCGAUGUCUACAAAGUGGAGGCGAUAAUGGAUUCGUUUAUGGUUGCAAGUGGGCUACCCGAACGAAUCGGGAAAUAUCACAUCGAAAGAAUCGCAGGGUUUGCCGUAAGGCUAAUGGAAGCUCGACCUCAGCUGACGUUUCUGCAGGACUUGCUAUUUAAGAUCGGCAUACAUUCCGGUCCGUGCGCCGCUGGACUUAUGGGAUUAAAACGGCCACGCUACUGCCUAUUUGGGGAUACCGUCAACAUGGCAUCCAGAAUGUGUAGUCACGGCUUGCCAGGGUUUAUUCAUUUAAGCCCACAAAGCCAGGCACUUCUAAAAGACUUCCCCCAGUUUAUUGCCGAGGCAAGAGGACUCCAAGCGAUCAAGGGAAAAGAGGACAUGAUAACCUACUGGCUUCUUCCGUCAGCGCGCCACUGA